CUGCCUUUUAAGAAACUGCCGGGCGCCGCGCCUGUUCCGCGGCGCUCGGAGAGUAGCACCUGUUUGGCUGUGGGCACCAUGACCCUGCAGGCUGAUUUUGACAGGGCUACAGAAGAUGUGAGGAAGCUGAAAACCAGACCAGAUGACGAAGAACUAAAAGAACUCUAUGGGCUUUACAAGCAAUCUGUGGUUGGAGACAUAGAUAUUGAAUGUCCAGCAAUGGUAGAUAUAAAAGGCAAGGUUAAAUGGGAAGCGUGGAACCUCCGAAAAGGGUUGUCGAAAGAAGAUGCCAUGAGUGCCUAUAUUUCUAAAGCAAGAGAGUUGAUAGAAAAAUAUGGAAUUUAAAAUUCAACACAGAAGAAUUUUUUCUUUCGAAGUCUUCAUAAUGGUAUCAUGACCUAACAUUUAGGAGGGACAUGCACUUUAUUUUUAUGUACCAUGUAUACUUUUGCUAUUAGCAUGAAUUGCAGUGGUUAGUAGUAUGUUGAAACUAUAUAGUUCUAUAUGUGUUUAAAUCAGGUGACUUUAAAAGUUCUUUUAAAAAAAACUAGUGCUCUGAUAGUAUGUAAACCAAAACCUUAACAAUUAUAUAUUCUUUUGACUUACCCAUUCUCCAGUGGGUUAGUUUUGCUGGUCUAAUAAAAACAAUUACAAACAGAAAGAUAAAUAACCACAUGUUCUCACGCACGCAAAAGCUUCAAAAGUGGACCACAAAGAAAUAGAGGGAAACUGGUUCCUAGGACUGGGAAGGGAAGGGAGGGGAGGGCUAAGGAGAUGUUGGUUAACAAAUUCAAAAUUUCAAUUAGAUAGGAAGAAUAAAUUCUGUUGUUCUGUAGCACAGAAGGGUGACUAUAGCGAACAGUGAUUUAUUUUAUAUUUUAAAAUAGCUACAAGAGAAGAUUUUGAAUUCCCAACAAAUUCUAAACGUUGUGAUGGAUAUGCUAAUUAACCUGAUUCAGCCAUUAUACAUUGUAUAGCAUAGAUCAGAAAAUCACACUGUACUAUGAAAUAUGUAAAUAAUUAUGUGUCAAUCAAAAAACAAAAAC